AUGGACCGUUCUAACAAGCCUUCGGCCAUCGGCGUGGGUGCAUCUGUGCCUCAGCCCACUAUCUCCCUCCGCGAUAAUACUGUCGAAGCCACGCUGCCCUCCGGCGAAUCUGUUACGAUCCACCUGUACGGAGCUACUGUCACUUCCUGGAAAUUAGCAAAUGGCAAAGAGCAAUUAUUUGUGAGCGAGAAGGCUCAUCUUGACGGUUCAAAGCCAAUCCGCGGCGGUAUCCCCGUUGUGUUCCCUGUCUUCGGUCCUCCUCCUCAGAACCAUGCCACCUCCUCCCUUCCACAACACGGCUUUGCGCGUAACAGUACUUGGGAAUUCUUGGGCAAGUCAUCAUCGGAAUCCCUAGGCAAGGAUCGCAGCGGAGAUGGCUCUGUCAAGCUGGACUUCGGUCUCUCCCGCCCCAUGCUCACAGAAUAUUUCCAGAAGGCAUGGCCGUACGACUUCGGGCUGGUAUAUAGCGUUACUUUGACCAAGGAGAGUCUGGAGACGUCUCUCCAGGUGCAGAACAAGGGUAGUCAGAAUUUUGACUUCCAGGUAUUGAUGCAUACGUAUCUCAAGAUCGACGACAUCUCCGAUAUCCGCGUCAAGAACCUCGAAUCUAAGACCUACGCCGAUAAAACACAGAAUGCUGCCGUCAUCACCGAAACCUCCCCUGCCGUUGAGAUCAACAAGGAAACCGACCGCGUGUACCAAUCAUUGGACCCCAAGGUGCCUAUUAUUGUUUCGUCCGCUAGUGAUGAUAAGCCCAUUUUCUCCAUUACCAGGGAGGGACUGAAUGACGUCGUUGUGUGGAACCCGUGGAUUGAAAAGGCCAAGGGCAUGGCUGACUUUGGUCCGGAUGAGGCAUACAAGAACAUGAUCUGUGUUGAAGCAGGCUCCGUGGCUGGAUGGCAGACUUUGGAGGCCGGUGACUUCUGGGAAGGCGGACAGUCCAUCCGGCCGAGACUGUGA